UCAAUUUUCAAGUUCAGCCAAUCCUUCUUUUUUUCAAAAGAAAUAUUAAGUACAUGAAAUCACGAGUAAGUCUCUUUCAUUUCUCUAUCAUUAUAGAAAAACCAUCCGUAUUAGAUUCUAUUAUCUAUAGAAUUCGAACCCGAACUCCAUUUAUGAUUCAUUAUUUCGAUCUAAUUGGCCAUUGUUCUUUUUUUUUUUUGAAUAGAUAUUGGAUUUCCGCCUAUCUAUUCUUUAUACCCUUUUAGGAUGAAUUAUGCCUAUUUUCACAUCUAGGAUUUACAUAUACAACAUAUAUCACUGUCAAGAGUGAAUUUUUCUUAGUAUUUGGAUUCAAAAUAAGAAGGAGAUCCAUUUGAUUUUAUUGUAAACUUGCAAAACAAACAUUGGGUUUGGGUUGCGCCAUAUAUAUCAAAGAGUAUACAAUAAUGAUGUAUUUGGAGUAUACAAUAAUGAUGUAUUUGAUGAAUCAAAUACAUGGUCUAAUAAUGAACCAUUUCAUUUUAACAUAACAUUGAAAUUAGUUGAUAAUAUUAGUUGAAUAUUUUUUUUCUUUUUUUUUAUUUUUAUUUUUGUCAAAGGUUUCAUUCAUGCAUAAUCUAUAUCGAGUAGACCUUGUCGUUGUGAGAAUUCUUAAUUCAUGAGUUGUAGGGAGGGACUUAUGUCACCACAAACAGAGACUAAAGCAAGUGUUGGAUUUAAAGCUGGUGUUAAAGAUUACAAAUUGAAUUAUUAUACUCCUGACUACGAAGUCAAAGAUACUGAUAUCUUGGCAGCAUUCCGAGUAACUCCUCAACCUGGAGUUCCGCCCGAAGAAGCAGGGGCUGCGGUAGCUGCCGAAUCUUCUACUGGUACAUGGACAACUGUGUGGACUGAUGGACUUACCAGUCUUGAUCGUUACAAAGGGCGAUGCUACCACAUCGAGGCCGUUGUUGGGGAGGAAAAUCAAUAUAUUGCUUAUGUAGCUUAUCCUUUAGACCUUUUUGAAGAAGGUUCUGUUACUAACAUGUUUACUUCCAUUGUGGGUAAUGUAUUUGGUUUCAAAGCCUUACGAGCUCUACGUCUGGAGGAUCUGCGAAUUCCCACUUCUUAUUCCAAAACUUUCCAAGGCCCGCCUCACGGCAUUCAGGUUGAAAGAGAUAAGUUGAACAAGUAUGGUCGUCCCCUAUUGGGAUGCACUAUUAAACCAAAAUUGGGAUUAUCUGCAAAAAACUACGGUAGAGCGGUUUAUGAAUGUCUACGUGGUGGACUUGAUUUUACCAAAGAUGAUGAAAACGUAAACUCACAACCAUUUAUGCGUUGGAGAGAUCGUUUCUUAUUUUGCACCGAAGCACUUUUUAAAGCGCAGGCCGAAACAGGUGAAAUCAAAGGACAUUACUUGAAUGCUACUGCGGGUACAUGUGAAGAAAUGAUGAAAAGGGCCAUAUGUGCCAGAGAAUUAGGAGUUCCUAUCGUAAUGCAUGACUACUUAACUGGUGGAUUCACUGCAAAUACUAGCUUGGCUCAUUAUUGCCGUGACAACGGCCUACUUCUUCACAUCCAUCGCGCAAUGCAUGCAGUUAUUGAUAGACAGAAAAAUCAUGGUAUGCAUUUCCGUGUACUAGCUAAAGCAUUACGUAUGUCUGGUGGAGAUCAUAUUCACGCCGGUACAGUAGUAGGUAAACUGGAAGGGGAACGUGAGAUGACUUUAGGUUUCGUUGAUUUAUUACGUGAUGAUUAUAUCGAAAAAGACCGAAGUCGCGGUAUUUUCUUCACUCAAGAUUGGGUCUCUAUGCCAGGUGUUCUGCCCGUGGCUUCAGGGGGUAUUCAUGUUUGGCAUAUGCCUGCUCUGACCGAAAUCUUUGGGGAUGAUUCCGUACUACAGUUUGGCGGAGGAACUUUAGGACACCCUUGGGGAAAUGCACCUGGUGCAGUAGCUAAUAGGGUGGCUUUAGAGGCGUGUGUACAAGCUCGUAAUGAGGGACGUGAUCUUGCUCGUGAAGGUAAUGAAAUUAUCCGUGAAGCUAGCAAAUGGAGCCCUGAACUAGCCGCUGCUUGUGAAGUAUGGAAAGAGAUCAAAUUCGAAUUCGAACCAGUAGAUAAGCUAGAUAAAGAGAAAAAGUAAGUGUGCAUAAUUCAGUAAUUCCUGUUUGUUCUCCUAAUUGAUUGCAAUUAAAGUCGGCCCAAUCUUUUCCUAAAAAAAA